UACAACUCUCAAACUGAAAGCUGAUAUGUGCAUUUUGCUGAAAAGACAUGGAUAAUUACAAACCAGAGGAACAAAAUUUUCUUAUACUUAUUCAAGCACUCAAAUACUCUACAGUUGGACUAAAAACGUACGUAGAUCAGUGUUUGGAAGACUUGUAUGACCGCUUAAAAAGAAAGGUUGGUUCAAACGCUGCUUGCACCCAAUGUUGUAGCAAGCGAUGCAACGUCAAACAGUGGUGCAGCAUUUGUGCCGCAUGGAAAAGAGAGACAGAGAAGUUAAUGCGGUACAACAUUCACAAGAACAGAAUGCAGUGGCAGCAUAUCAAAUUAUGGAAGCUAUCACAGAGAGAUCGUGAAGGAGCAAAAGUUGAACUUUGUCGUAUAUUUGUACGUGAUGGAAGAUUGAUUAAAUAUGAUAUCCAGACUAUGUUGUCUCUAUUGCAAAAUUGUCAAUAUUUUAAAAUUGGUGACGAUAAAAACCGUUUAGAUGCAGUUCGCAAUGUACGGAAUAUUGAUUUUGCUCACACGGAUUUAUUUGAAGUGUCUAAAAGAGGACUUAAAAAAGCGAUAUCGAAUCUUUUACAAUUUUUUCAACACCCUUCUUUGGUUGGAUUUCGAUGCAUUUCUACAACUGUGAUCGAAAUUCAAGGUCUUCUAACAACAGACAAGCACAGUCUUGCAAAAAUAGAAGUAUUUAGUGCAUUUAAUAGCCUUCAACUGAUAAGACAAGCAAAUAUUAACGACUUUUUAUCGAUCAACGAAGAUAAAAACGAACCAGACAGACAGCUUAAAUUUUUCCCUAUCUUAUCAUUGUUUGUCGCUAUGCUCAUUAUAAUGAGUGAGUUUCUAAGGAAAUACAAUACAAAUGAGGCAGAUACCAGUGUGUUGACUUGUAAAGAUGCAACUUAUGAACCUCCUUUUACCAUGGAUAUUGACUUGGACUUCUACCGAUCCCAGCAUGACAAAUUGGUAGGUCGGGAAUGGCUCUUAAACGAGCUGGACGAGAAGAUGUUUUUCUCCAAGCGUGGUGUGUUGUUAUUGGCUGAAAUGGGGUAUGGAAAGUCAGCUAUUGUAGCUCAUUUAAUUUGCCAGAGUGAUAAACGCUUUCCUGGAAAUUGGAUCCAUCAACAUAUUGUUGCAUUCCAUAUUUGUAAUUUUUAUUCAAGAAAGACUCUUACCCCUGGUAACUUUGUAAAAAAUUUGGCUGGAGGCUUUUCAAAACAAAUACCAGGCUUUCUCCAAAUUUUAGAAAAGAAUUCAAGAUACCAUACAUAUUUUGAAAAUAACAUAUGUGUAGAAGAUCCAGAGGGCUGUCUUGACUUUUUAGUUCUGAAAGCGUUGAAUGAUUUAGACAUGGUUAACAAUACUUACAUUGUGGUUAUUGAUGCUUUAGAUGAAUGUAUUGAACAUGGUAGUUUUAAUAUUUUUAAUUUACUCUGGAGACGCUUGCCAGGUUUUCCAAAAAACAUCAAAUUCUUUAUAACAUCAAGAAAUACGUCUGAUAUUAGAAUAGCUCGUACACAACUUAUGGUCAUUGAAAAGAGGCCUAUGGAUGAUAGCAACACAAAAGAUACGCACAGAUUUGUAGAAAACAAGAUUAAACAUGUAUCUCUCUCUGAGCAAACUCACCUAAAACGGAUUUUUAAACUAGUUAUAUAGAUACAGCAGUUUCAAAAGCUGUCAAAUAUACAAAAGGAAAUAUGUUACUUCUGAAGAACGUUUUGGUUCGAUGGUUACAAAACGAUAUGACAUUACAGGGCAGUUGCACAACAUUUGAAGAUUUAUUUGAC